AUGUCUGCUUCUCAACCCAUCGCCAUCCUCUCGGUCUACGACAAGACGGGCCUGCUCGACCUUGCCAAGGGCCUCCACAGCCUCGGCGUGCGUCUGCUCGGCUCGGGCGGCACCGCCAAGCUCGUCCGCGAGGCAGGUCUCCCCAUCGGUGAUGUGUCCGACAUCACCAAAGCGCCCGAAAUGCUCGGCGGCCGCGUCAAGACACUGCACCCUGCUGUCCACGGCGGUAUCCUCGCCCAGACCGGCAAGUCCUCUGAUGUAGAGGACCUCAAGAAGCAGAGCAUCGAGCCCAUCGACAUCGUCGUCUGCAACCUGUACCCCUUCGAGGAGACGAUCGCCAAGGAGUCUAAGCCCUCCAUCGCUCAGGCCACCGAGGAGGUCGACAUCGGUGGUGUCACGCUUCUCCGCGCUGCCGCCAAGAACCACGAGCGCGUCUGGGUGCUCUCGGACCCCAAGGACUACACCAAGUUCCUCGACAACUACGGCUCGAAGGAUGCCGAGGCUGCCAAGGCCAACCGCAACGUCCUCGCUGUCAAGGCCUUCUCUCAGACCGCCCACUAUGACGAGGCCAUCAGCAACUACUAUCGCCAGCAGUACGCCGGUCUCGCCUCCAAGUCCACCGAUGUCGUUCAGCAGCUCCCGCUCCGAUACGGUGCCAACCCUCACCAGAAGCCCGCCCAGGCUUUUGUCACUGCCGGCGAGAUGCCCGUCAAGGCGCUCUGCGGCUCGCCUGGCUACAUCAACUUCCUCGACUCGCUCAACGCCUGGGCGCUCGUCCGUGAGCUCGCCGAGGCCACCGGUCUGCCUGCCGCUGCCAGCUUCAAGCACGUCUCGCCCGCCGGUGCCGCCGUCGGCGUUCCCCUCAGCGAUGUCGAGGCCAAGGCCUUCUUCGUCGACGACCUCGGACCGCUCUCUGGUCUCGCCACCGCCUACGCCCGCGCUCGUGGUGCCGACCGCAUGUCGUCUUUCGGUGAUUUUAUCGGUCUCUCCCACCCCGUCGACGUGCAGACCGCCAAGAUCAUCUCGCGCGAGGUGAGCGACGGUGUCAUUGCUCCCUCGUACGAGCCCGAAGCGCUCGAAAUCCUCCAGAAGAAGAAGGGCGGCAAGUACUGCGUGCUCCAAAUCGACCCCCAGUUCCAGCCAUCCGACGUCGAGACCCGCACCGUCUAUGGCGUUCAGCUGCAGCAGCGCCGCAACGACGUCAAGAUCACCAAGGACCUCUUCACCAACGUUGUCUCCGAGAACAAGACCGUUCCCGACGGCACCCAGCUCGACCUCAUGGUGGCGACGCUGGCACUCAAGUACACGCAGAGCAACUCGGUGUGCUACGCCAAGAACGGCCAGGUGAUCGGUCUAGGUGCAGGCCAGCAGUCGCGCAUCCACUGCACAAGGUUGGCAGGCAGCAAGACGGACAACUUCUGGCUGCGCCAGCACCCGCGCGUACUCGGCUUGCCGUUCAAGAAGGGCACCAAGCGACCGGAAAAGUCGAACGCCAUCGAUCUGUUCGUCGAGGGCACCGAGAACCUGUCCGCGGAGGAGAAGGCGGAGUGGGAGGCCAUUUUCGACGAAGUCCCCGCCGCGCUCAGCGCAGAGGAGCGCAAGGAGCACGCCAACAAGCUUUCGGGCGUUGUAUGCGCCAGCGACGCCUUCUUCCCCUUCCCCGACAACGUGCACCGCGCCAAGAGGAGUGGUACCAGCUUCAUCGUUGCGCCUGGCGGAUCGGUCAUGGAUGAUGCCUGUGUGGCGACCGCCAACAAGUACAACAUUGUCGUCGUCAGGACCAACCUCCGUCUCUUCCACCACUAG